GGCUUUUCUUCCUAGCUCCACAAUCGCCAUGUGCAAAAAUCAAUGUAACCGCAUACUACCCAGAAGACAAGCAAGGAGUAACAAACCCGACAUGCCAUCUCCCCUCUCCAUCCCCCCAUGCCCACUCAUCCCUCGAAUUCCUAUCACACCGCUCCCUCCCCCUCGGCACCUCGGCGCUUCGGCGCCCAAAGUGCACAAAACGACCAGUGCUACCCAACAACCCCUCCCAUGAUCAAAAUUACCA